UUAGAAUGAUUGUAAUCAAGAACGUGGGGUCUCAAACCCCGGUCAGGACUAACAGGAUCAAGUGGGGCUUCCUGCUGGGCCUGAUGGUGCUCAUCUAUGGUUCUCAUGCGCCGCUUAUCACUCUCACCAAAGUAGACGGUCAAGUCCCAUUCAACGCCUCCUCCUGCGUCCUCAUGAUCGAGCUGGCCAAGCUGCUCAUCUCCCUGCUGAGCCUGGUUUUCACAGGCGCCACGUCGAUACCGCGGUCUCCACUUCUCAUUGCCCCUUAUGCGAUCCCUGCAGUGCUGUACACCUUAAACAACAACCUGGUUGUCAUCAUGCAGGCCUACAUGGACCCAAGCUCAUUUCAAAUACUCUCUAAUCUGAAAAUAGCUUCGACCGCCCUGCUGUACUCCGCCUGUCUGGGGAAGAGGCUGCGGUCUGAGCAGUGGUUCGCCCUGGGGCUCCUCAUGGCUGCGGGGGGCUUCCACAGCUACAGCAGCCUGGAUCUACAAGGCUCUGAGAGGAUUGACGUCGAUGAGGGUCCCAGGAUUCACAUCACUGCUUGGGGGCUUUUUCUUGUGCUGGUUUACGCCGGCGUGUCGGGGCUGGCAGCAGUUUACACAGAGAGGGUGCUGAAGAGCCAAAGCUUGCCCCUCAGCAUUCAGAACCUCUACCUCUAUGUGUUUGGAGUGGCAAUCAAUGGGCUGUCCUCUCUCUCCUCCAUCGGAAGUGACCCAGGGUUUCUGGAGGGCUACUCGGGGGUGGUGUGGGCUAUUAUCGCAGGACAGGCAGCAAAUGGACUUCUGAUGUCUGUGGUGCUCAAACAUGGUAGCGGGAUUACUAGACUGUUUGUCAUUUCCUGCUCCAUGCUGGUUAAUGCGCUGCUGUCCUGGGCCAUUUUAGGCUUACAGCUCACUCCUUUGUUUCCUCUGCCUUGUACUCUGAUUGGAUUGGCAGCUUACCUUUAUUACAGAUAGCAGAGGGUUCAUUAGAGACCUGCAUGUUUGGCUUCAGAGGAGCUUCAAACAAAGGCUGCCAGUUGUGGUCCUUAACAUUUGAAUUAUUUCACUGCAAUGGAAAAGUAUCCAUUUCUCUCAAAACAUUUUAUCAAAUGAGUGAAGUGAGUGGAAAACAAUGUAAUGUCAUUCACAUAAGAUAUGAAAGGUAGGACUUUAGUUUGAAACGUGUUUCAACGAAUCACGUUUUGGGGCAGCUGCAGAUCUUUUGGGGUCAUCAAGCUGUGCUACAUCUAGAAACAUUUUUACUCUUCUCUAGUUGAAACCCACUUAGAUCAGAAGCAGAGCUUGCCACAAAUUAGGUCUGGACUUUGACUAGAUCGUUAUAACAUAUACAUUUGUAGAACGUAGGUUUGAGAUUACAGUCAGCUGGACUGAGGUAUUGAAACCAAGCCUGGUUACAAUACCUCUAACCAGGUCUGUUAGAGGUAUUGUAAAGCCUCUAACAAACAGGCCUGGUAAUUCCAUUUAAUUUUCACAUAAACUCUAACCAGCGUCCCUGCUCCUACUACAGCAUCACCAGCAGUCUGGGUUACCAUGAGGAUCUUGUUUUAAAGCUGAUGUGCAAUCAUGGUGUUUGGCAAAUAAUUUUAUUUAACCAAAGCACCUUAAACAUGUUUGCUCUCGUUCCCAAGUGGCUUAUGUUAAACUUCUUAUAACUUUACUUCAACAUUGAUUCUCUUUCUGAAACUCUCUUGUAAAAUGGCCUGAUUUGUGAAGUGCAUGACAAAUCCUUUUAAUAGGUUGUUGCACCUGAGCUAUGGAUCCCUGUAGCUCCUCUAGUGUUACAGUGGGAUUCUCGACUGCUUUUCUGGUCAAAGUUCUGCUCCAUCAGACUUCCAAAACUUUAAUCUUCACACUGCGGUUGGUCCAUUGCUUAAAAUCCUAGUAAAAUACAGACAUUGAAGCCGCAUGUGAUAAAAUGUGGAGAAUCUUGAGGGACAUAAGGACCUUUUGUAGGGCAUUGUCUGAUUUGUGUUUUAUUUAGCCUUUAAGUUAUCUGCCUUCUAAAACUGAACUCCUUUAGUCCUUGACUUUAUUUACUGCAGACGCAGAAAGAACGAGCUGGCAAAAUGAAUCAAAUGUUAUGUUUUGUUUGCUACACAGUUACAUUGUUGCAGAGACAUGCUGCAAGGAUCCAUAAUCAUAAACCAGAUCAUCUUUAAAACACAACAUCAAGGUUAAAAUGUUACAUGUUGCGUUUAUGACCAAUAAAGUUUCUGAACCAUUAACCAA